CCCCAGCCUGCCGACGCAGUGCAAUAGAAACCCGGCAGGGGGCGCCGAGCUCGCCAUCUCGCCACGGAGCACAAGCAGACCCUGAGGCCCGCCCAGCCCUCCGCUCGAGAAACGUCAACACGUCGGGCCGCCCUCCCUCAGACUGCCAGCUAGGCAGGCUCUGACGCGCACACGCAAACACGCCAGCCACGCGCCGAGCUACUGCUCAUGCGUCCUCGGAGAAGCGUCUCCGCCCCUCUCCCCCCACCACCACCCGCACACGCAUUGCUGAGUUUCCCUUUCCGGCCCCCGAGAGGUGGGGCUAAGGGGAGAGCAUGAGGUUGUCGCUGGCUACCGCCAUCUCCCACGGCCGCGUCUACCGCCGCCUGGGCCUCGGUCCCGAGUCCCGCAUCCAUCUGCUGCGGAACUUGCUCACAGGCCUAGUUCGCCACGAACGCAUCGAAGCGACAUGGGCACGCGUGGACGAGAUGAGGGGCUACGCGGAGAAGCUCAUCGAUUAUGGAAAGCUGGGAGACACCAACGAACGAGCCAUGCGUAUGGCUGACUUCUGGCUCACUGAGAAGGACUUGAUCCCAAAGCUGUUUAAAGUGCUAGCGCCUCGGUUCCAAGGUCAGAAUGGGAACUACACAAGAAUGGUACAGAUCCCGAAUCGGAAGGAGCAAGAUCGGGCCAAGAUGGCAGUGAUAGAAUAUAAAGGGAACUGCCUCCCUCCCCUGCCUCUGCCUCAAAGAGACAGCAACCUUACCCUCCUAAACCAGCUGCUCCUGGGACUGAAGCAGGACCUGCACCAUAAUCAGGAAGCAAGCCCCCACAGCUCCCAUACGGUUCAAACACCAAACACUUAACUGAAGCUGGAGAGUUCAUAGGUGUGGCGAGUCCCAAGUCAUGGGACUUGGAGCUCUUGUAGUGUGUGAGACCUGGAAGUAGCAUUGUAAAGCCCCCUCAUGAUGAGGCCCAGACCUCCCUGCUGACUCAAAUGAUCCUAUCUGCACCAUAGAUAAAAUUCUUAAUAUGGAUAUAAGAUUGAUUUUCUUUUCCUUCCCUAGGAUUUAUGGAAAGAAAGAGGCAUCCAGAUACUCAGCCUCCUAAGACAGUAAAUUCACAACUUAUGUUCUGAAUCUUAGAUCCAGUCUGGCUUUGUUUGUUUUUGUGGAGGGGAGUGGUGGUGUGGUUCUUGCUGUGUAAUCCAGGCUGUUUCCACCAUGCACCAGUCUUCCUGUCCCUGUUUCCCAAGUGCUGGGCUUGAAAGUGUUCACUACCACACUGUGCCAGUUUGCUUUUUUUUGUUUGUUUGUUUUUAUUUUUCUGAGACAGAGUUUCUUUGGCUGUCUUGGAACUCUCUUUGUAGACCAGACUGGCCUUGAACUAAGAGAUCCACCUGCCUCUGCCUCCUAAGUGCUCGGAUUAAAAGUGUGGGGCACCACCUCCUGGCUCAGUUUGCUUAACACUAAUUUAAAUGGGCCCUGUAUCUCUUGAUUCCAAACUAUCUUCCUAUGGUGACUGGUUGACAUCCAGCCCCACUGUUGGGAUUUCUUUGUUAUUGUUGUUUUUUAAAGAAUCUGUUUAUGAUUCCUAUGAGAGUAGGUUUCACCUUGGCGUCUUCAUAUAUGUCUACCAAUGUCUUUUGACCACCACACAUAUGCACCCUACUGUCCGAUCUAUUUUAACUAGUCCCCCUUCUACUUCAUGUCUUUUUGAAUGUAUGAUUGUGCCCCAGCAAGUUUCAUUUGUCCUGCUUACAGGAGCAUGUGUGUCUUACCAAUGGCUAUACCACUGAAGAGAAUUUCCCUCCCUUAGCAACCAUUAACUGCCUAUUGAUCCACAAGGGAGGGUGCAGCCACCUGAGCUUCUUCCCCCUUCUUGACAGGAUUUUGACAGGCUACUAUGAGAGCAAGCAUUCAGUCCCAAGAGAUUGCUUCCUGUUACCUAGCUGUGUGAACCUCUGUACAGGAAUCUUAAAUGACGUGGUACCCCUAAAACUGAGAAUUAUUUCUAGU